GAUAACAAAUCACAGCUUACAAGCAUUCAGGUAAAAACGCCAGUUUGGAGGGAGCGAAAGAGUUUACAUAUAUAACAUCUUUAUUGAAUACCAAGCGAUAUAAAGCAAAUUCUUGUUGGAAGUUUCUAUUUAUUUUUCACCUAUCUUGGAUACAUUGUGAAUACAUUCAUUGGCUUAUACAUUACACAUUACUGAGGAUGGCGAAAUUAUCAUCGAAUCCAUUUGUUCUUGCGAUCACAAGAGUUUAUCUUAGUCUCACAUUACUGGGCCGGUCAUACAUAGCACUAGGAGCCCCAACGCGGGCACCUUUGGAAUAUAUUGAAACACCAGCAAACUCGAUCCUGCAGCUCCAUGAGUACCUAUCAGACGCCACGUUACAAUUGGCUAAGCAUUCGAGAAAUGUUUAUAACGGCUUUAGAAGGCAACGAUUCGGUAUCGAGGCUGACAUCAACCCCCGUACAUUCCAACUCGGCGGACUCCCAGCAAUCCGUGAUCUUGAAGAAUCGAGGACAAGGCUAGGACUGACCGAAGAAGACCUCCUAGAAACACACAGAUCAAAUCUUGGGAUCUAUUACCAAGCCAUGCAGUACCUCAUCUCAGACGAAUCAUUGUACAUCGGUGCCGAUGACUUCCUACAUAUUGAGGGCGAUGGCUCAACCUUCUACCAUAUCCGUAAUCACAUUGAGAGGACGUUAAGGAAAAUCGAUGAAAUUAUAGCAAGAGAGGGGUACCGUGGAGAAAACCGAACACCUGUAACCACCACUCUUACAUUCCACACAGAGCUGAACGAAAACUUCAGGAAUGUACGAGAUCUAUGUGUGCUAUUUGAAAUUUUCAAAUACACGAACGAAGUUUUAUACGCCGACGUUAAACGACACGAAAGCGAACACAGAGCAGAAGAAGUCAUGUCAGAGAGGUAAAACGAGGCCUAGGAAUUAUUUAUAUAUAGUCAUUGAAAUAGUAUUUAAAAAUGAAAUUUUGAAAAAUGAAAAAUGAAAAAUGAGUAUUUAUUAUCGAAAAAGAAACUUUCACAAUUCUAAAGUGUCCUCGCCAUCACGGCUCUUUCUAUUUAUAGGUUUUCCACUUCGGGAGAAAUGUGGGGCCAACUUGAAAAAAUUGUUAUUCAGAGAUUUGUAUGGUGAUAUUCAACAAAGUAUACAUUAUUGUUUGCUCAUGUUUCAAGAAAAUGUCAACUGCUAAAGAAAAAAGGUGCUAAGUAGAACGAUUUUAGUACAUUUCAGAGCGAUAUUUAACAUGUUUGACUUCAGUUAUGUGUAGAAAAUUAAACAAAAUGUCAGGAUCAAAUAUAUCCCCUUGUUUUUGGUACGCUAUUUCAAAGAAUAAUUUCCAAAGCACAAACUCUGUCCCUUUUUAGUGCGUGUAGAGUUAUCCUUUCGUAGAUCGUAGAGGGAGUAUUGCAAUAAUAUGUGCGGUGUGCUGAGACUUUAAUUUCGGGCAAGUAAUGUCGCUUCUUCGAAUAUCUAGCGUCUAGAUUAUCAAAGGGAAAACAACUAUCCCACUUGAUAGUGUUUUGAGGGGGUAUAUGAACAUUGUAUUGUAGAUAUAGUUUGGUAUUCAAUAUGACACCUUGAUUUUAUUUAUUGGUAUUGAUAUCAAUUAUGUAAGUUAUUUAUAUUAGAUAUUUAAGCAUUCACCGUUUAUUUCUUAAAACAUCAUUCAUUAAAACAAUUAUACAACUCAAGAAUUACGAGCUUUAUAAAAGCUUGAGUUAGCGUAAUAUUGGGAGGAGGUGGGGAGGGGGAGGUGAUGAGGUCACGUGUCAUUCCUCCUGACAUUAUUUCCUUGUAAUAACUUCACCUACUGUGUUGAAAGAAGCUAUCGUCGUAUCUUGCCUUUUUAUUUUUUUAGUUAUUUCGCUCUUUUAACAGGAUCAUUGUUGUAAAAUACCAAAGAAACUCUUUAAUAGUAUUCAUACUGAGUAAAGAUUGUUAAUAGAGGGAGUUCAUUACAAUCUAGCAUCGUUUUGAUUUGCUUCUUUUUUCAUUUAUUUAUUAUAUUGACUUUUCUUUUUAAAUUUUAAAUUGAUUUCUUGUUGAAUUCAAUUUAUUGUUUCAAGUUUCAGGAAAAGACAUUUUGUAUGUCAUAUUGAAUCGAUGUGUAUUUCUUAUUGCUCACUGAGGCCUUGUCUACUCUCCUACAGGCCCUCGUAAUUGGACAUACGUAAACAUUACAUGUGUGAAAAAGCGGGCUGGCCCGUCUUAAAUCUAUCUCUAUAUUUUUCUUCAUGUGAAUCGAGAUGUGGUACCUAUCGUAGCAAUUUAUUUUAAAAUAGGCGCGUUAUCGCUGGCAUCAUCUGGCUAUUGUAGAUAAUACUCGCUCUGUAAAUUUUAUCUGAUUGUCAAAUAAUCGAGCUUUGAACUAUGCACUUUCCAAAUAGUGCCCUACAUGUUUCGAAAAUAGAAAGGUAUCUCUUGUGUGGAAAUUUUCUCUUCGGAAAAAGACAGUAAUAUUGUUGAUGGUAAUGGUUUAGGAACUCCCACGCCGGGAGGGGCAUUUCGUCUAUCCUCCAUAAGUUGUAUGUGAAAAUGCUAAUGUUUCGUCAGAUGUCAAUUUACGUGUGCCAAAAUUUCUCUAAUGCAAACAAGAAUGGGUAAGGGAGAGUCCAAAGAAAUGAAUAUUAAUCCAUCUAUAUGGAGAAAAUAAAAUAGCGAACUUCAAUUAGAUUAUUCAAUGUAAAUGUAUGUUCGAAUCAGACAGACGUAGAAUAGCUCGUGCACUCAACGGUUCUUUCUGAAAACUCACUUUUCAAAUGUUUCGACUCGUAUUCAAGAAUAUUGUUUUCACGAAACAUUGUAUUCGGGAUUGUGAACAGGUGAUUCAGAACAAAACAGUCCGGAACAAACAUAUAUAAACAAAGAAGGAAACAGAUUAAUGUGAAAUCUGUUUUGCCAGUAGACAUAAUUAUUUUCUUUGUUUGAGUGUGGUUAAAAAAUCUGCUCAUUGGGUCAAUUUUCUUUUGGUAUUCAUGCGAUAGACUUUUUAAUAGCUUGAACGAUUCAGUUUUGUUAUUUAAUGAUGUGCCACUUACUACUCUAAAUCAAAUCUCAAUUUUCUGUCUAUUGUAUGUACAAUGAACUGUAUGUGUGUGUGUGGAUGUGCGAGCGAUGAAAUGAUAUUAUCUGUACGCAGUUGUAUGUUUUUAUAAACAAAAGAAAAUAUAUGACUAUUCUAUAUUUUAUAUUUAUGACGAUAAGUUUACAAUGUGACUUAAAUUUGAGCGAUUUAUUUUAUGUUUCAUAUUGUCAACGAUAUGAAGUGAUUGUAUGAGUAUAGUGUGUGUCGUCUCAUGGAUUUUAUACUUGUACAAAAUACGUAUUUCAUGAAAUGCGAAGUGUUUUUGAAUGUUCUUGUCAAAUAUAAUUUAUUAAGUUAGUACUGUAAGGGUAAUACUGAAGAGAUGGAAGUGUCUCAAGAUAUUAUUUAUGAAUCUAUGAUCAACAAAAGUACUAUUUAUUGUUAAGUUAUUUUUGACAUUCCACUGUGGUGUCUAUAUUGAAGGAGAAGAGGAGAAAACGAUUUCGUCAGCGUUCUGAGAUGAAUGUUUGAUGGAGAUAUUGUUUAAAAAUGAAUAAAUUAUGAUGUACAAGCUAUGCUUGUAUAACAAAAAUAAAAA